UCAGGUUAUGGCCACUAGAGGUCUUUUACUUUCAUAUGUUAGCUGCUGUUCAGUUUGUACUGCCUUUUUUUUUUAUUUAUUUAUUCCUACGUGAGCAGACCCCAGCACACUUCUUGCAUAUAAACAGUGAAAAUUACAAUAUAAAGGACCUAUUAUACCUUCUUUUGGAGUAACAUUAGUGCUAGUGAGAGGCUUGCCUACUUUUUAAGGCUAAGAAGACAGAUUUUCUGCAGGUAAACCAAAAGCUUUCAGGAGACAUUUCCUGUUAUUCCGUAUUUGCUGGUUAUUCCACCUGGACCACUCUUCUGAUACCAAAGUAUUUACAGAACUUCCCCAAAUGAAACAGUCCCUUGGAUACGACUGGCCUCAUGCUUGCAUGAACUGAAGUAACAACCACACAUCAAUAACGUCUCUCACUGAAACCCACUGGAUGCUGGAUUUCUGUGGGUCAGAAGCGGUUACAUCUUGCUUAACUGUUUGGGAAGAUUAGUUUCAUUUGCAACAUUAAAGAGAUGGCUAAAGAAGAAAAACUCUCUUUGAAGAAAGCAAUUCAGCUUGGUAUUAAUGGAUAUAUUCCAUCAGUAAAGCUAUGCAUCAGAAAUGAAAAUGCCCCCAGAAGUUACUACUCUUUCUGUUUAGACAACAUGCAAAUAAAACAGAUGUGACCGGUCCAUCAGAAAACACCCCGGAUCACUAAUGGAGCGCUGACUGUCAAAUAAGAGCCAUCAGGAAAGCCACAGACUCAACCUCACCUUUAAAUUAGUUAACUGUAAGCAUAAUGGCCUGUGGCAAUUUUGUAGUAAGAAGAUCAUAUUAGCUUCAGAACACAAGGAUUUCUGCGUUCCCUAGCUAAAAGAAAUCUUUCCUUAAGCUUGACAUUUAAUUUCUUUAUCUUGGAGUUUGGUCUAAUCAGCAAUUAAAUUUGAAAGAGAGCAUGUCAGUUAAAAGUACACAUAGUAACAACAAGAAGAAUGAAAAGCUUAGCUUCUUCAGGAGUAAGGUAUUCAUUUGCAUCUUGGGAACAAUCUUAAUAUACGGUUCAAAUGACAAAUGAAAUGGGUCGCAAAGAAACACGUUACUUACAGACAUUAAAUUGCGAUUCAAUGGCCCAGCAAAACAUGAAAAUGCGCCCAGUGCUAUUGAAACGGAACAGUCUGGAUUCAGCUGAUUUUAUGCGACAGCCGCACCACCGCAGGACCAAAUCCCAGCAAGUUCGAUUCAAGGAUGAUGGUGUGAACACAAAGACGGAAAUGGAUACCAAUCCUGCCCAAGACAUAGCAUUCACGACCAGAAAAACAGAAAUAUUUAAGGAUCACGAUUUUUUGCUACAUCAAUCUCCAUCUUUUCCAAGGGCUCAGAAGGGGCUUCGUAAUAUUGCCAUACAAACAUCUCCUAGCCUCAGGAAACACUUCCCGGUUUUUAAAAAGAAAAAGCUGACAGUAAGCAAAUCAUUAACAGAAAUGCCAACAGAGCCUGCAAAUUCUACCCAAGUCAAUGGCAAUCUUUCAGAACAAGACAUUAUGUCUUCUGAUCUCUGUUAUUUAAGAAUAACUAAUGAUUUGGAAGAUGGAUUUAGGAAUAGUGAGGUAGACAGUCAGUUAAGUCAAAGAUCACCAAAAGCACAAAGCAAUGGACCUAUCCACUCAGAUGACGUCUCAGCAUCAAAGACAACUGUUUCUACACAGGUGCCUGAAUACAUACACGUGAGUUUUCCACAACACAGCAAUGUUUCCAUGGAUGCAUCAGACACAGCCACGAAUUUAAGUAAUUCACUGCAUUCUUCUACUGUCAUAAAUAGCAAUGAAAAUAAUGAAAACAGCACUCUGUCAUCUAAUUCUGAAAAGGCGUACCCUUGCCUAAGCAAUUCUACUAACUGCAGGGAAUGUGAUCGUCAUUCUGACUCUUGUGAAGCAGAUAAAAGUGAUUCCGAGCCGCUCGUAGCCAGCAAAGCUGCAAGCAGUAAGGAAACUACUCCAUUAUCACCUCCAUCAAACCACAGUUCAUCUCCUUGUUUCCUCAGAGACUAUCAACAGGCAGGAGAGCACAAAACAGACUCCAGCUGUGUGACAUUAACAAAUGAUGAUCACACAAUAAUGUCAUUGACCAACAGUAACGUGUCAAAAUCUAUUCUGUCAUGUAAUACUGAAAUGGAGAAAAAUUCUACCCAGUCAGAUGUUUCCCAGUGUAACAGCUGUUUCGAAGGAUUUCAUGUAAAGUCUUAUCUGCCAAGGAAUGAAAUAAACCCACAAACCAACAAAGAGAUUAGUGAAAUAAAUCAAAUUCAUUUGGCACGUGGCGAACUCUGUGCCCUACAAGGCAGGCUGCAGUCUGUAGAGGAAUCCUUGCAGUCGAACCAGGAGAAGAUUAAAGUCCUUUUGAAUGUAAUCCAAGACCUGGAAAAAUCCAGAGCCCUCAGUGAAGGGCGUAACUUCUAUCACACUGGGCAAGACCUCAACAACUGCAGCACCUGCCAGAACACCGCGUGUAUCAUUUACAGUGUAGAAUAUGACUUCAGACAACAAGAAGGAAGAUUUCAUCAGAUUUUGAAAACACUGGAUAACGCAGAGCAAAAUCCAGCUUCAGCUUCACCUCAGAAGCUACCAUCUGAUCAUCCAGCUCCCGAGAAAAAGGAGUUAAGAAGAAAAACAAAAAAGGUGAAAAGAAAAUGCUUCUGGUGGAUUUGACUUCCUUUUGGAGCCUUUUACAUUUCAAAAGACGCUAGAACAGAAAGAAGCUUAAAAGUACACACCUGAAAAGGUGCUAUUACGAAAUUGCAGAACUAAUGAACAUUAAUUAGAGUAUCUGAAAAAUCAAAAGAAUUGAAUUUACUUAAGUCAUCUCACUGAUUAAAGGCGCAUGAAGAUACUAUUUUCAAAAAGAAAUUGUUUCUUUCAAAAGGAAGCUUUCUCAUUUUUUCCAAGGACAUUUUCAUACGCUUUGUAAGAGUUUUUUUUCAACUUUCCAAAAAUAUCGAGGUUUAAAUCUCUACUUGAAAAACGAAUGCUAGACAAUGCUAAGGGUGUCGCACAGUCUUGAUUUCCUAUUUAUAAGUAACAUGAACUAAAAAGAAAGAACUUCAUUGAUCUUCUAACAGAUGACAAAAUGAAGAACCAAUUUAGAGGAAUCUACAUUGUUCAAACAAAUCUCUCCUCAAAGGAGACAAUUAUAAUUAUUUCACAUCCAUACUGAAAUAUUUUUGUUGCUGUCAUCUUACAUUUAACAACAAAAAAGUAAUUUCAGGUGAAGUUUUAGUCUGUCCUUUUACUGUUUCAAUUUAAAAAGCAACCAUUUAGAAGUCUGAGACAUAAAAUCAUAGAACAAGAGAAUAUCUUGGUAACUCUAGUAUUAAUCCCCUACUCAAGCAAGGUCAAAUUACAUGAAUUUGAGUGUUGAGUAUGUCCAAAGACAAGAAUCCAUAACCCCUUGGGGCAAGUUGUUCCAAAUUUUUUCUUAACAUCUGAUCUGAAUUUCCUGUGUUCUAACUUGUGUCCAUUACAUCUUACCCUAUUCAAACACGCCUUCAAGAAGAAUUAGACAGAUAAUAAGACUUCUCUCCUAAGCCUUCACUUCUUAAAGACUGAACAAAUCCACUUUUCACCACCUCUCUUCACAUGUUACGUGCUGCAGCCCACAGUCGUCUUGGUGGUCUCCCUCCAGGGAGCUGAUGUCUUUCAUCUACCUGGGAGCCGAAAACUAGACACAACGCCUCAGAUGUCAUCAUGCAAUUGCUGAAUAGAAGGGAACACACAGUUUGGCUACUGUCUUGCUAAAACACUUGCCCAAUUUGUCCAUUUAAGACCUGUAUCAAUACACCAAAAUAUCCCAAGAUGUGGAUUUCUGGCCUUAAGGUUUAAGUAAGUUGACACAUGAUACAAAAUUGAUCAUAAAAAAUAAUAUUUAAUGACCUUAUCUGCAUUAUAUAAAAAAUAUAUAUGCUGAAAAGAUUUUAUCACGUCAACACAGUUAUUUCUUUCCUUCAAAAACAGUCAAGUUACCAGCUAGCACAGGGUCUGCCAAUGUAACCUAAUUUAGGGUUGAUGAUACUAUUAUUUCACUCAUGAAAACGUGGUCACCUUUCAUAUGGGGGGCAGAGAGGAAAAGGUUUUCCAAAGCAAGUUUAAAGGGCACACUGUAAAGCUCAAUUAAUGUAUUUUACGUUUAGUGGAAUGUACUGCAGACCUUUUCUUAGAAGUGACUCUGGUUAAUUAGUUCAAAUGGUGCCAGGGUAUUCAAUAGAUUAAGCCCUGGAUCCUAUUUUUCUAAAUCAUAUUGUAUUAAUUGUGGAAUGUUAGUUUCAAAUGUCUGUACACUUUUUGUAAACUUAUAUGUUCCUUGAAUUCUUAGGGGUAAUUACACAUUUGAAAACACAUUAAAAACAAUUUUGCACAGAAGAAUUUUGCCUGGAAGAACUAAUUUUUUUUGAUAAAACUAGUCUUCAUUUAGAAGAGAGUAUGCUAUGUGACAGGGCUUAAUUUGUCAAAGGACUUAAACUAUUUAAAGGAUUUAAAGUUUUAAAAAACAUUUCCAUCUUAAGUUCAGCCAGUACCAAAAUGACAUGCAUAAAAUUAUCACUAUUUUAGAAUUUUUACUUGCAAAAAGUAUGCCUUUAGUCAGACAGAAAAGCUCUUCAAUAAUAAUUUGAGUGUAUAACAAAGUUAAGAAUUGAAUUAUUACAUCAGAACACGCCAUUAUAUUACACUCAAAUACUCAUCCUGCUUAUGCUGGUAUGCCAACAGCAUUCCUACUUUGCAUUAGUCUCUAUAAUUGAUAUAAUGAAGGAUUUACUAGUGUGUAAAUGUUUCUUGUGCAUUGAAAAAACAUUUUAAGAUUAAUACAGUAUCCCCCAUGGUAAAGGUAUAAAAAUAAGCAAUACCAACAUGUGUAACACUAGCAAAACCAGUAAUUUUUUUUCUGUAAUGAAUUGCUUUUCAAUAAUUUGUUAUUACAUGAAAACAGUAUUUUUGUCUUUUUUUUUUUAAUAACCACAAAAAAGCUCAUUUUAAGCCAUCUGGUUUUGCAAACAUAAUGAACACAUUGCCUGCAAUACCUUUUCAAAGGACCCAGAUUAUUCAAUUUAAACAAACCACAGUAUUUUGGUUCACCUCAAGCACCAAUCAGUUCCUGCAGCCAGUAAAACUACGCAAGAACAGAAAUACUCUAUUUAGUUUAAGAAAGUCCAACCGAAGACAGUUGUGAGCAAGGCUCUAAGUCGUUCUUAUGACCUCAACUAGCAUCAAUACUCCUAGAAACCUUAAAUAUACUGAUUUAAAUGGUUACAAGUUUUAUGUUUUAAUGUCUGAUCUUGACGGAGUUCAGAACUGUAGACAAAAUCUCCUAGUCAAAAUUAGCCUUUGUUUUCCAUAUUCCUCAGUCGGUUGUUUUUCAAUUCUUUCUCAGUGAGUAAAGUAUAGGUUAUCCAAAUAUGGAUAUGAAACUCUAACAUAUGCACACACAGCAGCAGGGAAACACUGAAGGUAUCUAGGCCAACUCACUCUCAGCUCCCAGUGCUGCAAUUUAAGAACAUUCACUUGUCUUUCAGCCUACCCUCUGGUCGGUGUUUUAAAAUUCACUCCCUUCAAGACAUCUGUUUUCCUUGAAAGAAAAUAUGAAAUUACAGUGCUGCUAAAGCACUGACCUUCAGAAAGGUUGCUCCUAGAGUUCUCAACUUCAGUAUAACAAAGGAGAUUUUUUUUGAGUUACUAUUAGUAGCAAAGUUGCAACAGCCAGCCAAAUUCUAAAAUAUGUAAACAUUCAAACAAAAAAGGCUUAUUGGAAACACAGACAGAACUCCCUCAUUCUUCUUGCAGAGGCUUAGACUACCAUGAGCAAAAACAUGCAAUAAUUUAAGUGAAAAUAAAGUAGAAGUAUGCCAGAAGUUAAUCAUUCCUACAAAAGAAUAAGCAUCAGUUUCACAACAAAACCACACCUACUAAAUGCAAGACGUUAUACCCAGACAUCUCCCCAGUACAACACACACGAUAGGCUUUCUACAUAAAAUUCUAAAGGCAACAUUGGAGCAAAAGGCUAUUUGUUACAUUAAAAGGCAAUAGUGGAAAAGUGUCAGUCAUGGCAUGCAUCAGCCACAGCAAGAGGGUAAGACUGCUUUGUUGCUGUAUGUUUUGUUUAUAUUUAACACAGAAAUUUAUAUCCUAGCAACACGAAAUAACUAAAAAUUAAUAGCUUUGUAACACAUAAUUGGAGAAUCUGAAGUAUUUGAAGAUGUAAUGCGUAAGCAUUGCAUUUUUUAUUAAUAUUUUUAAAAUAUUUUAGUAAUUACUUUUUAGUUCAUAUAGGAACUAAAAGAAUUACCAGAUACACAUUAUGCAAUUUAUGAUGUCAAGACCGGAAAAGCAAUAGAAAUGGGUAAAUUGUUAGAAGAUAAUAGUGCCGCCUAUAAAAAUUUCUCUGAUUUAGAAAAUUAUGGUGUAAUGGCUAAAGCCAGCUCCCAGAGUAGGAAAUAAAUGUUAGAAAUCCAUACAAACAUGCUGUUAAAUAAAAUAUUAAAAAAAAAAAAACAAAACAAACAAGAACACAAAAACCCCAGAAACCAAGAACAAAAACCCCCAACCCCCCAGCUGUCUGACAGCACUUACAUACAAAAUAUCAUAGGCUUCUCUGAAAAGCCUAUUUAAAUGACAACUAUAAUAUGCUAUUUAUAAAACCUUGCACAGAACACGGCAUAUUCCAAAAUUACUGUAUUUGAAAUUGCUGUUUUAAGGAGUAAACCUAACUCUCUCUAAAAAUUCAGAAUGUAUGAAUAAAAUACUGAUUUCUCUUGGUCAUGUAACAGCAGUUCAUGUAGGGCUUUUUAUAGUUUUGUGCACUAUAGCUCUUUCAAAAAGAUCAUAAUACUUCGUAAUUAUGGUAGCUUAGAUUCAACACAACUUCCUAAUGAAAUGUAUUAUCUAAUGUAUGUUUUGUAAAUUUCUAGGUUCUUUAAAUGUGAUGUUAUCUUUUGCAAUAAAAUGAGAUAUUUUUCUCAGGUUUCAGGAGUCAAUUAAUAACAAACAACAGAUUACAAAGGAAGUGAACAAUUGUUCUUUGGAAAAGGAAAUUGAAUGGGAAAUGAGUGAAUAGGCCUUUCACUGAAUCAUUUGCAGCUUUUCUAUGUAAAGAUUUCAAUUUGAUUACUAAAUAAAAAAAGCUGUAACUUUUA